CCCAAAAACGUAAACAUUGACAGGCGGUCGGCAUUCAAACACGUUUCCAGGCGCUCUUUAAAACGUUGAUUUCUUAGUGAAUUUCAACGUUUUUUCCCUCGUGAUGGCUGGCAAGGGUAACAGUGAGAUGCUUUUGAUGGAGAACAGACUCAAGACCUUCAAAAAGUGGCCCUAUGGAGAGGAGCUGAAGCUAAAUAAGGCGGCGAUGGCUGCCGCAGGAUUCUACUUCAUAGGCAGCAAGAAAUUUCCUGACUCAGUAAAGUGCUUUGUGUGUCAGAAGGAACUGGACGGCUGGGAGGAGGAGGAUGACCCUUGGGAGGAGCACAAGAGCCACGCGCCGUACUGCCAGUUUAUAAUCUUGAACAAGGACGAGAGUGCCAUCACCGUCCAGGAAAUGCACGAACUGGAGAUGCACAGAGCAGUGAACCUCGCGAAAAAAAUGAUCAACAACAAGAUUGAGGAGUUCAAGAAGCAGGCCGGCAAGACAAGGAGUGUUAUAGAGAACAUGAUGUAGCUGCUUCCCUCUCCGUGGAUCAUCCGUACCCUACCCAGAGCAUUUUUAUAAGCACAGAAAUCGUACGUCUCAUUAGCAUAGCAUGUUUAUAAGAAAGAAUAAAAGUCUAUCACAGAA